AUGGCCUCCGCGCUCUUCUUCCUUGACCUGAAGGGCAAGACCCUACUUGCUCGCAACUACCGAGGUGAUAUCCCCAUGUCCGCCGUCGAAAAGUUCCCCGUCCUCCUAUCAGAAGCCGAAGAGGAGUCCUCCGCAGUCCCACCAUGUUUCUCUCACGAAGGCAUCAACUAUCUUUACAUCCGACAUAACAACCUCUACGUCCUCGCCCUCACAAAACGCAAUACCAAUGCCGCCGAAAUUCUACUCUUCCUCCACAAGGUUGUCGAAGUAUUCACAGAGUACUUCAAGGUCCUCGAAGAAGAAUCCAUCCGCGACAACUUUGUCAUUAUUUACGAGCUUCUCGAUGAGAUGAUGGACUUCGGCUACCCGCAAACUACCGAAUCUAAGAUCCUUCAGGAGUACAUCACACAAGAGUCCCACAAGCUGGAGAUCGCCCGCCCUCCAAUUGCCGUCACAAACGCCGUCUCCUGGCGUUCAGAAGGAAUUCGAUACCGCAAGAACGAAGUCUUCCUCGAUGUCGUCGAAAGUCUCAACCUGCUCGUCUCCGCCAACGGCAACGUGCUGCGAUCCGAGAUUCUCGGUGCCAUCAAGAUGAAAUGCUACCUCAGUGGUAUGCCCGAGCUCCGUCUUGGUCUCAAUGACAAGGUCAUGUUCGAGACCACAGGCAGGAGCACUCGUGGCAAGGCCAUCGAGAUGGAAGAUGUCAAGUUCCACCAGUGUGUCCGUCUCUCUCGCUUCGAAAACGACCGCACGAUCUCAUUCAUUCCUCCCGAUGGCGAGUUCGAGCUCAUGUCCUACCGUCUGAACACACAGGUCAAGCCUCUGAUCUGGGUCGAGUGCGUGGUCGAAUCUCACUCGGGAUCUCGCGUCGAAUACAUGCUCAAAGCCAAGGCCCAAUUCAAGCGCCGGUCUACCGCAAAUAACGUCGAGAUUAUUGUCCCUGUUCCCGAAGAUGCCGACUCUCCUCGAUUCCGAACGAACAUCGGUUCUGUCCACUACGCCCCCGAGCAGAGCGCCAUCGUCUGGAAGAUUAAACAGUUUGGUGGCAACAAGGAGUUCCUCAUGCGCGCCGAGCUCGGCCUCCCCAGUGUUCGAGGCGAUGACGAGACUGGUGGUGGUAUGACCGGUGGAUUUGGUGGUAGUAUGGGUGGUGUUGGCGGUGGCAAGGCCGGCAAGCGGCCGAUCCAGGUCAAAUUCGAGAUCCCGUAUUUCACAACCAGUGGUAUCCAAGUUCGAUAUCUCAAGAUUACAGAGCCCAAGCUUCAAUACCCGUCGCUGCCCUGGGUGCGCUACAUUACACAAUCCGGCGACAUCGCCGUCCGUCUACCAGACGUUGUCUGA